AUGCGAUUUGUCAUACUGGUUCCAUUCUUUUUGUGCAGUGUGGAUGUGGUCAUUGUAUCGGAGGGUCCUGGGGAUAAACUUGGUUUACCAGCAUUUAUCAAGGAACCUCCAUCAGUGGUCUAUUACAAGCUAGCUGAUGAGAAAUCCGGCACAAAUGAGCUGCCUAAUUCUUUUGAAUUGAAAGCAGUGGUAUAUCCCUCAAAUGCGACUGUUACAAUAGCCACCGCCCAUCCAGAUGAUCCAGAAAACUACCUCUUCUUGCCAAUCCUCCGCACCUCGACCCACAUUGAUCGAAUCUCUUCCGCCGUCUCGUUCCGUCAGCCAUAUGCAAUCCUGCACUCGUCAUCCUCAGUCAUUCUUAAACAGUCGGAUCAGACAUAUGAUACGGUGACUUGGAAGGCCACAGUGUGCAAUCUCCCACCGAAUUCUGUGCUACAUCUUUUAGCUUCCACAUCAUCCGGUACCACUCGCAGUAGACCAACCAAACUCAUUCAAAUAGAACUCCCCGGUUUUCCGCGAUACGCCGAUGAAAGUCUAUCACUGCUAAUUGGUAAUACCGGUCGUCUGGUGUGUCAUCUUCCACGAGCCCAGCCCAGUCUACCAACUGUCAAUUUCUACCACAAUGGGGCUCGGCUUGACUUGUCAGACGGAAUCCGAUAUCGACUUAUCUAUCUCGGUGGAGACUGGACAGGUUUUCCAUGGGAGGAACGUGCCUUACAGUUACACCAACAACCACAGCCACAACUUUCGAAACCAGCGCCCGAUGUGAUCUUCAACAAACCUGUGCCCAGCGCGGCCAUAUUGCUCAUUCACCCACUGCGUUUGACAGACAGCGGAGAGUACCGCUGUCAGGCACGAAUUGGUGGCAAAGAAGUAUUCUCGGAACAGCGUACACUGUUGAACGUAACCAAACCACACGUCAAAGUUCCAGCUAGACUACAAUUCUCCUUUGACGAUCCGGAACUUUCCUAUGUAUACAGUCAUUUGAUUGCAUCACCAGCUACUUCGCCCACUGGGACCGCCACAUCCGACCAUCUGUCGGCACAGGUGGCUGCCGUGUCCGAUUUGAAUUCCAUUGCGGUGAGCAAAGGUCUCGGGGACGAUGGUGCUGGCACCAGACUGACUUCCAGCACCCCGACGCGAGUGUUCACGGUGCCCGAGGGAAUGAAUUUGAGUUUAUUUUGCAUUUAUGAGGGGGCACCGAUUGUCAGCACACGAUGGUUUUUCGACGCGCCCGAUACGAAUGUGUACCAGGAUAGCCAGUUUGGUGUCCUAACUAUCAGCCGUGUGACGAAAAGCAACGAGGCAACCUAUACAUGUUCGCCAAAUACUCCCCGAUCAGAUGCAAUCAGCAAGUCGUUAAAGAUUGUGGUCAAGAAUCGCAAUGAAUUGGUGAUGGAACCAGGCCCGUUGAUCACUGUCGGCGUUGGACAGAAUAUCUCUCUGAGUUGCAGCUAUGCAAUGAAGAAUGGUCCGAAGGUUUCAUCAACCAAUUCCGCCUCAAUGCAGUUACCAUCCAGCGAAUCCAUAUCUGACUUUCGUCAUUUUCAAUUGGGCACGGAUUUGGGCUGGUACCACAACGGGAAGAGUAUCGAAAUCAAACAGAAAUACGGAAAGGUAUUCAUUGAAGCUACACGAUUACACAUCAUCAAUGUCAGCAACUACGAUCAAGGCAUUUAUCAGUGCUGGACACUGGAUAAUACCGGUGCGUGGACCACCGUGGCCAGCGCAGUCACCCUGGGAAGUGAAUCUCAGCAAUAUAAAGAAUUUCUGGAAGCUAAACCCGAGGAAGGCAUCCUAAGGGAACGCACACGUGAGGGACUGACCGGUCACAUGACAUGCAAUAUCUCGACCAUAUUGAUUACCAAUACUUUUACGAGAGCUGACCUGGGAAUUCAACCGGAUGACGUGGUAGUCGUUUGGUAUCGAGGCGCUUCGGACAGCGAGCCUAUUGAUCUGUCUAGUAAUCAGUCAGGGGGAAUCAAGUAUUUGCGAACGACGGUGGACUGGUCCAGUCAAAUCUUAAGUGUGGUUAACCCGCGAAAAUCCAAAGAUGACGGACUGUAUGCAUGCAAGGAAGAUGGUAAUACCUGGCCUGUCGGGUGA